UGGAUUUCAAAACGAAAUUGAAGUGUAUUUCCAUAUAAUCAUAUAACCAAAGUUUAACUAUAAUGCCAGGCUUUCGCCAAAAGUUUGUAGGGUUUAUCAGGCAGUUCUCCAAUCCUGCUGAAACCAGAAAUUGUGAACAAAAGGAGCCAACCCCUUCUUCUGGUUGCUUUGUGCAGAAAUAUUUAAAUGGGCAACCAAAUGAUCGUGUUGAGCCCAAAAUCAUUCAUGGAAGAACACCUCAGCAAUUGCCUCCUAAAGCCAUUGGUUCUGUAUCAGACAAUAUCAUUUCAGCAAUAACAGGUCCAAAUGGUGGUUUGACAACAGUUAAUAAGAAAAGAAGACAUCUGUCAAUUAGUGAUCCUGAUGUUCGAUUUGCUGAUGAAGAUACUUCUUCAGGUGGAAAAGAUGCCAAUAGUAACACAUCUACUGUGAAUUGUAAUUUGAUUGAUCCACCUUCAGAAUUUGGAAGCCCAGUACCUUUGCAGAAAUGUGAAAGCACUCCAAAUGCUUGUAGCCCAUUGCGCAAUGAACCAGUUGCUGGAGUUCUCAAUUGGGAUUGCCCUACUCCAAGAGCUUAUGGGAAGUCAUUAACUUUAUAUGAACGACAUCCAGUCACUGGUAUUCCUGCAGGGGAACCUAUAGCUGAUUGCUUUGCUCUUGUUGCUAGACCGAAUUCUGCAAUUCUCUGUCUUGCAGAUGGAGUUAAUUGGGGUUACAAAGCCAGCUUAGCAGCUAAAGCUGCUGUACAUGGUUGUGUAGAUUAUCUCAAUCAAACAAUCCAUACUUUAUCUACUACCUCUGAUGCCUUUGUAUCUCUUCUUCGAUCUUUUCAUGCUGCUCAUAAUCUUAUCCUUGAGGAAGAUGGCAUGUUGACUACCCUUACAACUGUCCUUGUUUUACCUCUAGUCGCACCUCAAAGGUACAUUGCGUGUGCUUGUAAUGUUGGUGAUAGUUUGGCAUAUGUUUACAGCCCCAAACAUGGAGUACGUGAAAUUACUCAAGGUUCUCAUGAUGUGCAUCGAAUGAGAGAUAUGAGAGAUGCUCUUGGAGCCCUAGGACCAGUGGAUGGAACAAAUCCUGAACUUGCAAAUCUUACUUGUGCCAUGACAGAAGUUGAUCCUGGAGAUAUAGUGUUUGUUACUUCUGAUGGGGUGUCUGAUAACCUUGACCCAGUGGUUGGAAAAUUUGCUGGUUUGAGUGGGGUUGAGGCUGAAGAAAGGCAUCGACUUGGACUUCUGAGAACCGACGACCUCCUCAAGAAUGGUGUUACUGGUAAAGGCCCUCCUUGUAGAUCUGCUCGUGAACUUGUUGAUCUUAUAAUGGAUUUUGUUACAAGGUUAACAUCAGCUAAGAGGAGGCUUCUUGAAGAUAAAGAACUAUAUACUGACAAGGGCCCUAUGCAGCAAGCUAAAAGAAGGCAAAUUUGUGGGAAACUAGCUGCUGUACCGGGAAAACUUGACCAUGCAACAAUCGUUGCUUACGUUGUUGGAGAUAUUUCAAGCUACUGAGAAUUAAUUAUUAGAGCAAGACAAUAUUAUAUCUAAUAUUGUUUAUUCACUCCAUAUGAUUUUUGUAAGCAAUUAUGCUUUUAGAUGUGUUUUUUAAAUGUUAAUAUUGUAUAUACCACUGCCAAAGACAUUGAGGUUAAUUGUAUUGAUCUGUAUGUAACAUUUAGCUCAAUUUUAUCCAGUCAUUCUGUAGAUUAAAGAUCAUAAAUCAUUGAUUGUCAGAAGAGUCUUAUAGAAGGAGGUAAUUAUUAUUUUAUUUUAGGUUUUUGGUCUUGCACAUAUUUAAAUAUUAGAAACAUUUUUAGCUCUCUUAACUAGUCUUAGUUUCUCAAGGAGAAUAAAUUUAAUUUUGGGUUUAUGUUGUUUAUCUGAAGUUGAUGCCGCCAGUAUUCAUUGUUAGCUGGAUUUAUAUAUGUAUAUUGUUUUUAGAAAUUAUUUAUUGAUUUAUUAGAAAAUUUACUUCUAAAGCUAUGGUCAAAGUGUCACCAAUAUCAAACAGUUUGGCUUAUGAUAAAAAUCAGCCAUUCUUUUUAAAUAAGUCUUGAUUUUUCGUACAAUGCCAUUCACCACACAUCGACUGAUUAGCUCUUUUUUUUUUUUUUUUUUUUUUUAAUGCUGAAUAGAUCUACUUAAUAUAAUUACUAUAGAGUUGUAUAUAAAAAGGAAAGGUGGGUGGGUAUGAACUGUUAAAAUCAGUGUGUAUUCUCUCUGCCAGCAAUUCCUUAGGCUUUGAACCAUUCCAUUUUUUAAUCUACAUUAUUAACAAGCUAGCAAUAAGUUAGUGGUGAACAUAACUGGGUUUGUGAAAUUAUUAUAACAAUGGAUACCUUGGAAAUGUUCUAAAACAAAGUCGUAGUAGGGCCCAUAGGUCAUUGUCCUACAGGUCUCAAUAUAAUAUAGAUGCUGUCCAAUUUUAAUGAUUAAUAUCAAUGCCAGUAGAUCACUUCUCAAAUGGUAG